UUUCUGGUCUUUCCCAUUUCAAUUAGCACUUUGUAUUAAAGUCUUGUCCUUCUAUCUCCUCCCUAAUCUGCCAUCCGACGUUCAAACCGCGUUUUACCUCUGUUUUUCUAUCUGUACUAAGAUCGGCCGCAGCUUCUCAACAUGGGGCGUUUCGGAUUCGGCAAGAAGUCGGACGACAAGAAGUCAAAGGACGGCGGCUCGCAAGACUCCAACCCCUAUGCUGUUCAGCCAGUGGCAGACCCCUAUGCGAAUUCCUACGCUCCCGCACCUCCCGUGCAAGGCCGUCAAGGACUUCCCAGCGGACCCCGUGUUGGUUUGCCGACUGGUCCCCGUCCGGGCCUGCCCCGCGGUCCAGCUCCUAGUACCAGCAGCUUUGGCGGCCAGAGCGCAUCAAGCUAUGGCACCGCCGGCUCUAGCAACUACGGUGCUCCUCCUCCAGCAUACACGGACGGGUUUACGGACGGCCCCCAACUAGGCUCGGAAGGCUCACAGUACGGCUCGGGAAGCCCGCAGCUGAGUACGGGCAGCCCGCAAGUUGGCUCGGGAAGCCCGCAACCCGGUGGUUACGGAUACGCAAAAGACAAGCUUGGCGCCCCGGGCGGAUAUGGAGGCGGCCGGUUCGACAACAAUGUCCCCAGACCUGCGGUCUCACCAUUACCUCAACGAAAUGGAGGUUAUGGAGGCUUGGGUGACCCUAGUGCCGAACUGUUUGGCGACAGGUAUAACAAUAGGCCUCCCCCGCCCCCGGCAAAUGCUGGCUAUGACCCAGCUGCCGAUAGUACGCCAAGUUAUGACGCAUCGGACGACCCUCUCACCGGCUAUGGCGACCGCCGAGAGCUGACCGAAGACGAGCAAGCGGACUUCAAGAAAGCAGAGAUCAACAAAAUUCGGGGGCAGUCUAAAACUAGCAUCCAAAACUCGAUCAGGAUGGCGACGGAAAUGGACGACCGAAUGAACCAAAUCAUGGGCACUGUGGACGAGGAUGGUGAACGACUUUUGCGUACCCGUGUAGCCAUGGACCAAGCAGAGACCAACAAUAAUAUUGCGGGUCUGAAUGUCAAAGAUCUCGACAAGCUCACACGCACUCCCUUCUUUGCGCCUUCUGGAGCCAGUGAUAAAAGAACAAAGGCAUCGACUGGCAAGCUCUUGGCAAACGGCGAAAGACGGAGAGAAGAUAUAUUACGACAGGCGAAUGAGCAGGACCCAGAGCUGGUGGAAUACACGCGUCAGCUCAAUGCCGCUCCCAGGCGACUCGGUGCUGCCUCAAACAAGAAAGCAGAACGGAAGAAAUUCACCUUUGAAGACGACACUGGCGAGCAGGAGGCGGACGAGGAAUUCAUCGACGAUGGCCUCGAUGUAUUGGAUGUGCUGGUCAAACGCCAGAAUCUCAAUUCAAAGAUCCUGAAGAAGAAGUUAGAUAUGCAGAACGAUCAGGUUGACUACCUCAACAAUCAUACCGACAAGGUGCACGAUGGCGUGCGCAAGAACUACAACAUCAUCAAGCAUAUCUCGGACAAAAAUUAACUCAGUCAGAAUGGGGGAAGAUGGGGAGAAGGGCCAAACCGCCAGAUUCAAUCCAUUCGAUUCAGUCGCUCCAGUAUCAUCUCACUCGGUUUCUACACC